GUAACAACCGAGGAAACAGCUACAGUACCCUUUAAGACGGGAUGUCAGUCAGUGACGUCAUCUCCGGCUGAUGUUAUUUUCGUUGUCGAUGAAUCCGGAAGUGUAGGAAGUGCUAAUUUUGACAGAACAAGAGCAUCUAUUGUUGACACAAUCCGCCAUCUUGAUAUCAGAAACGAUUUUAUACGAAUCGGAGUCAUGACCUUUGACGAUAAUAGCCGAACAGUAUUUAAUCUGAACAAUUACCCAGGUGAUCCUAACAGCAUGGUAAAUCGCGUUAUGUCAAUGCCAUAUUCCUCGGGAGGGACCGAUAUUGCAGAUGCACUUUCCCAUGCAUGUAGUAAUAUGUUUACCAGCUUCAACGGAGACAGGUCAAACGCCACAAAUUACCUUGUGUUGUUAACAGAUGGGCAAUCACAGGCCCAACAAGAGGCUGACCGAUGUAAAGCUGGGGGAACUAAAAUUAUAAGUGUUGGAAUCGGUGAUAGUAUUGAUGAACAAGUGUUAAGAAAUCUUGCCUACAAUUACGACUAUUACCUAAGUACAAACUAUUCCGAUAUUGCUGGUUUCCUACCCAAACUGGUAACAACAGCUGUUAAUUGUGGUGGUUUAGAAUCAACCAAUGCCAAACACAUCACUGUUAACUGUCAGCAUAGUAGCUGGUAUGUUAAGGUCCACCUUCCUCCAAUGGAACAACAAUAUUCCGACUUUAAAGAGAGUGAUAUCUACCUGGGCUCCCACAGUUGUACUGGAACUAGGUCUGGUGAUUACCUUAUAUUCAAUGAAGAUUAUACAACAUGCGGAACAAAUAAAAUAGCAUCUGCAAAUGGGGUUAUCUAUACAAACACGCUUGUUUACGCCGUACACGAUCCAAACCAGCCCUACAUUGUCCACGAGUACAGGUUCCGGGUGAGUGUCGAAUGUGACAUGUCAAAGCGGGAGUCAGGAGAAAAUAACAUCAACAACAUCCAUGGCAAUUUAGAACAACAGACAAUUUCUGGUGUAGGACAUUUUGUCGUUCAACUAAAGUUCUUCAGUGAUUCAAACUUCCAGCACGAAUUUAGUGGAUUCCCUCCUUCCUACAUGGUUGGUCAGAAUGUGUACGUCAAGGCCACUACACCAAUCCAUGACUAUAAUGUUAAAAUGAGGUUAUCAGAUUGCUACACAAAGCCAAGUAAAUCAGCAAGUGAUUCGUACAUCUACUAUCUAAUCCAAAAUGGAUGUCCUGCGGCACCUAGUGCAUUUGUCACUACCAAGUCUACACAUGAGACCAGAUUCCACUUCCAGGAUUUCGAGUACGCCUUUCACCCUGAUUCAAUGUAUGUUCAUUGCAAUGCCACGUUUUGUCACAGCAAUGACUACUCACGUGACUGUGAGCCUCGUUGUAGUAACCGGAAGCGAGUUGGGAGUAUAGAUCAAGAUGAUAACCCCAUUGAGGGUGUUGGACCAAUUGGUUAUGCCGAAGAUGAAGCUACAGUUCUUUUUCAAAAAGGCAAGUUGGUUAAGGAAAUUUGA